CGGCCUGCUGCGGUCCCCGCUUCCCUCCGGCGGCGCGCAGGGAGGAGCUGGGAAGCCGGAGAAGAUGAGCGACGUGACGCAGCUUCCAGGCGGUGAUCGACAGCGCCCCGAAGACUAAUGCAGAAAAUCAACAAGAACGUGGUUCUGGCGCUCCUCUCUCUGACCAGCCUAGUUUUCCUUCUCUUCCAGUUGUACUAUUACAAGUUCUAUCUGUCGCAGAAGAGGCCCUUAGCAGCGCCAGAGCCACCUCCGAACUGCCCUCGUGUGGCUAGCAAUUCCUGCAGUGUUGACGUGGAGCAGAAUGGAGCAGUGUUUUCCAAAGUCAGAGGAAGCCUGUCAGGACAAGACAGCACUAGAUGGCACGUGGUUAGGAAGUUCUUAGGCUUAAUAUCCAGUCACAAUAUACCAGUGUAUUUGAUCGAUCCUUUGAUUCUGGGACUGGUUGAUAAAGAUAUUGAACAGAUCAAAAGUUCUCCUGAUGGCCCUAGUCCAGAAUGCAAGUACUUUUGUGCUCCAGGAGACUUUACUACAUUUGCACUGCUGGACAAAACAUGGAAACAUGAAGUGGGCCUUUUUAGAACUGCUGAGAAAAUGGGGUUCCAAUGGCUAAAAAUUAUAAACAAGGACCCCCGCUUGGAUGGGAUGGAUGACCUGUCUGGGAUUGAAAUUCCUUUGCACUACAUAUUUAAACUGGCAUCUCAUGCCAUUCACCUGGUGGUCUUCUAUGAGAGGAGUGGUAAUUAUCUGUGGCAUGGCCCCCUGAGACUCAAGCAACAUAUGGACAGAAAGUUUGUGCCUUUCCGGAAACUCCACUUUGGUCGCUACCCUGGAGCAUAUGAAAAGCCAGAACUUUUGCUUGUUUCCAUUGAUGACUUAAAAGUUCAAAUUCCCAAAAACCCAUCCAGUUUUCUAGAGGAGAUGUCACACUCUAGAUUUCUUGAAUGUAGGUACAGAGAAGCUCGGGCUUUCUUUCAGUUGUAUCCUGAUGAUGCCUCUCUUGAUGCAGUGGAGUUCAGAAAGAAAGCAAAAUCUUUGCUCCAUCUGGCUGCCCUAACACUCAACAAAUUAGGGGUAAAGUUCUGGCUGAGCAGUGGAACAUGCCUUGGUUGGUUUAGACAGUGCAAUGUCAUUCCGCACAGCAGAGAUGUAGAUUUGGGAAUCUUUAUAAGGGACUACAGAACGGAUAUCAUUCCAGCCUUUCAGAAGGCAGGCUUACCACUGAAGCACAAAUUUGGCAAGGUAGAAGACAGCUUAGAACUCUCUUUCCAGGGAGACGGUGAUGUGAAACUUGAUAUUUUUUUCUUCUAUGAAGAGGAUGACCACAUAUGGAAUGGAGGAACUCAGGCCAAAUCGGGCAAGAAAUUUAAGUAUCUCUUUCCAAAGUUUACUCUGUGUUGGACUGAAUUUGUAGAGCUCAGGGUACAUGUGCCCUGUGAAACCCUUCAGUAUGUUGAAGCCAACUAUGGCCCAGACUGGAAGGUUCCUGUGAAGACAUGGGACUGGAAGAGCUCACCGUCUAACGUACAGUACAACGGUAUCUGGCCUGUCGAUGAAUGGGAUGACGUCAUUCAGAUCUACUGACCACCUGACUAUCCUUGGAACCAUCAGUUUGUAAUUUCCCAUUUCACAAAGGCAUCAAAUUCCAGUCCUUCUGUAACUUCUCAUCUGUUUCCUGAGGAGACAUUUGCCUUUUUUU